CUUCAACCUCCGAGCUUUGUCUUCAACCUCUGAGCUCGUCUUCAACCUCCGAUCUGUUCCUCGUCGAAGCUCGAACUCGUCGAAGCCUCUCGAUUCUCGAAGCCUUUGGGAGUCUGCUUCAUUCCUGUAACAAGGUACGCCCUGCUCCAUGGAAAAGCUCUUAUCACCCCGUCGAGCCCCGUUCGCUUUCUUGCCGCCCUUUUCCUCCUCUCCCUCUUCGUCUUCGAUCAGCAUACGAUCAGGCCAGCUAGGGUUUCGGAUUCAGCCCACCCCUCCUUGGCGAUUCGAACCACUUAGGGUUUCGUUGAGCAGUUCAGAAGGAGUCACGACUACGAAGGUUAUGCGCGGAUACAACGUCCCAGAGGCAUAUGAGAAGCUGAAGGAUCUCACAAGAGGAAGAGUUGUCAGCAAGGAGAGCAUUCAAAAGUUCACUAAUGGCUUGCAAUUGCCAAAAGAAGCAAAGAGCGUUCUCUUGAAUUUGUCUCCCCAGUCAUACAUUGGAGAAGCAGAGAAGUUGUCUAAGUCUAUCUACGAUCAUGUGGAUUUGGUGAAUGGGUUCAGGCUUUUAUAGUUGUUGAAACAAACGUUGAAUGAACGAGAAGAAAAUUUUACUAAUUGAACUCUUCGUGGUUCAUGUUACUUCCCCAUUGCAUUUUCGUUAUGAGCAAAGACAGUUGAUACCACAAACCGUUUGUGUUUGUAUUAUUGUGUAAGCUUGCAAGGGUUAAUUAACAAAAGGAAAAUGAAAUUGAAUAAGCUUGUAGCAUUAUUGCGUGGUCUUUAGACCAGUGCAAUCGGUUUCAUUUGGUUCUUUUACUAAUGGCCUGGAGGAAGAAAAUUGCAAGCAUGAGGCUUCAAAUACUAAAAAUGGAUCCUGGAGAAGCAACAUGUAUGUUUCCAUGUAUUACUAAGUUCAUUGUAAUCUAUAUUGGCUGUUUUUAAACAUGCUAUUUACUAUUGUUUGAUUAUAACUUACCGUAA